AUGAAGUACAGGGUUCCAGCUGAGGACGAGAACUACGUUGCGUUUCUCGCACAACUCAAUGUACUUUUCACACAAAUCAGUACGACCGUCAAUAGCAAGGACCUGAGCAAUACUAGCAAAGUCAAGCUGGCUGAUAUCCGCGCAGCGCUGGAGGUGUGGGUCGAGGAAUUGGGUAAAGUCCUCCCACAAGGCUUGAUGGCGACUUCGGUACCGCAGUUAGUCGCGUUGGCAUCGGCAGACGCUAACCUUGCUUCAUCACCAGUCGAUGGGAAUGUGGGUGAAGAAGUGCGUUCUGACACUACUAACAUGGAGCUUGGUAGUAUUAGAUCGGAAACCGUCACGGAGUCACUACAGGAUUGUGGGGGGUCACAACAGCAACACACAUUCACUGCAGGUGAUUCCACUCACGACAUGUCCAAGAUAUCCUCCAGACAACCAGCUAACGCGGUGUCUGACAGCAUUUUUAGAAGUAAAACCAUAAUGGAUCUGGUCGCGUUUGUACAGCUCCUACUGGCCAACGGCCUACCAGAGAGCUCUAAGUUGCGGGCUUCUGCAAAGGCUAUGGUACGGUUAGUUGUAGUGCGGUGCUGCUCCACCGUUGCUGCGGGGCUGCAGCACGUUUUACAUCAAACAUCCUCCACUACCCGUGUCUUGGGCAACGCUAAAGCAACUUCUUCAACAGCUUCCAAGGGCAGCGAUAACGACAACCGCGAUGAAAUAGAGUGUUUGGAAAUUUUCGCACAACUUGCAAGCGAUAUUCGUCUUUCUACUAGGACACUUAAGCUGUGUUUGGAGUUGGUGAUUCAACAUGUCGAUAUAAGCUCUCCAAGCUAUAUGCGUUUUGUCAUGCAGCUCUGCGUGAAUGUGGCAAAACAGAUACGGCACUCAAUGUUGUACUUCCAAAGUAGCUUUGAACGGGAGUGUGUGCAUCUUGUUGGCCAGGAGUUCACUCGAGUGGCUGCCGCAAUCGACAGCACCGGUAUCGAUGCAUGCGCUGAAGGUCAUUUCAAAACUAAUGAGGGUAGUGACAAAGUUCAUACAUCGCACGAAACCACGAGUCCGGAGGUUGAUACGUAUGUACAGCAUCACGCGGAGUCCCUCCGACAGCUGUGGGGGCCUUUUCUUACUUACAGUAUUGCUGAGGUCGGUAGCGUUCUCACAAGCAUCGUAAAGUUUCUUGUAGAAGCAUCCGCUAUCCACGAACUUGGAGCGGUAGCGGAGCUUGCCGCAGUUAAAUUGGAUGCUCAGACCGCUCUCUUCUCGUUGGGCAGCUCGAUGCUCUUGCUGCCCAAGGAUGGCGGAAAGCGUGGAAUUGAUCCUUCCGGAAAGGAAUUGAACAAAAGUAUGCGCAACACAACUGAGCAGUCUGUUGAACAUCCCACCGCAAGCGACACUUCAAAUGAAAAUCUCUCUUCAUCACGCCAUGCAUUUUCGCCUGAAACUCCACCAUCUUCUAAUAAUUUAGCUGCCCGCUGUGUAUUACUAUGUUUAGGCGUCAGCUUUCAGGCAGAAUACAUCACUACGAUAGCGGAAUGCUGUGGCGAUGAGAACGACGGACGCCUGGUGGCUACCAGGAUUCUCAGCGAUGCGUUGAACAGCUUAUUGAAGGAAAAGGAAGGUUGUGGUAAUGCGCUCCUGCGGAGAAUGCUGCAGAGAGCCAAGUGGCGGCGAGCCCUGCUCCAAGGUAUUGUUAACUGCAUUGUAUCGCUGCGGCCUGUGGUACUUUGUGCUGGGCUAAACAGCCUACGCCUUCUUGUUACCAGUCACAACACAGAGCUUAUCAAAGAUGUAGGAUAUAUUUACUCCUACUGCGUGUUUCCGCUGCUAGAAUCUAGCAACAGCCCGAAUCACGUCAAGAAGUACGUACUGUCUCAUCUUAUUAGCACGUUCUUGAGUUCGUCGUCCGAUGGCGUUCCCAUGCUGCUUCACCUCUACCACGCCUAUGACCUCAAUAUUCAUGCCCAUCAACUCAACCCUGUGCAGAAGUUUGUCUCCAUAUUGUCACAGAUCGUGCGGCAGGCCUCUUGGGAUGAGUUCUCUUCCGACACAACACCCCACCAGCCCCAAGACCGUUUGGAUGACCGCAGCGCCACAAGCUCUCUCGCUGCGCAGCCCUCGAUCCCUUUUAUGGCCCUCAACUCCCUACUGCUUAUCAUGGAGGGUCUUGGACGACAAGCACCACCGGAAAGCGAUUACGACUCUCGCACUCCACACUUAUUGCAGGUACUAGAUAAUCGUGUCAAAAAACUAGAGCAACAGCGUUUUGUGGAGCGCUUUAGUGAGUCCAAGAACGCUAUCCACGAAUACUUUCAGGUAAGGGAAGAUGAAAUCGACCCACAGGACACAAACCCGAUGUUUGCCAAGGAAUACGACCACAAGUUGCUCCCUAGACCAGCCUCGAAUGAAACGGAGGAAAAGAUUCAGCGCGUUGUGGACUUCCUCCAGGAUAUUCAUACACUAUAUCCGGAGACAGUAGUGGACUACCUUACUACCCCGAGCGUUUUUCCCUUGCAAGUGUGCAUGGCGUACAUGGAGCGCCUCCCUCUGGCGGGAUGUGGACUGGUGGAAGCAUUACGGGUCCUUUUCGCGGCGCUGCAGCUGCCCAAAGAAGGGCAGCGAGUUGAACGCAUGUUAGAAUAUUUUGCUUCUGCGUACUUCAAAGCAAAUAACGUCCCAGGGAUCGAUCGUAUGGUGUUCCCCUUUGCCGAUGCUGACAGCUGCUUCUUAGUCGUCGUCGCAAGUGUGAUGCUAAACACUUCCCUGCAUAACCCCAUGGCUGGAUCUCGCAUGAGAAAGGAUCAAUUUUGUGACCAGUUGUUGAAUUGUGAUGAACUGAAGGACUGUCCGCUUGCGUUCUUCCACGAUAUCUUUCAUACCAUCAAUCAAUACCCCCUCAACAGCGCGAAAAAGAACAGCCACAUCGCGCAGGAUAACGGCCACGGUAGGACUAGCAGCAACGCUGAUUCCUAUGGAGGCCUGGACUCCCUGUUCAUCUCCACGGAGGAGCGCCGGAUGUUGUCCUUUGAGCUGGAACGCCACCAUUUAGUAAAUGAAAUCCAGUACCUUCUUGAGCGCAGCAGCAUGGAAACGCGCAGGCCAAUAUCUGUGUCGGCCGAAGGAUGGUCGUCGCAGCUGUGGUGGUGCGCCGCUGCGCGGGAUCUUUACUUAAAUAUGUGGCCUUCAGUUUGUGUAAUUUUUGGACCCUCCCUGUAUGAGGGCAAAGCCUCACCGGAGAUCAUAAACAAGUGUAUUCAGGGACUUCAGUCACUCAUGUGCAUUGCAGCCAGCUUUUCACUGCCGACAGAGUGUGAAGUUGCCUUGUUGGCAUUACUACGUAUGAGUACCUACGAUGCGGUGCGUGAGCCCUGUCGUAACGCCCUUCUGGCUGUAGCCACAACGGCUCACUCGGCGAACUUCUCCGCUCGCUCAUGGUACUUGAUUUUUAAUCUCCUCGUGGAGUUGCACUCGGUGUCAGACAGCGCCGUGCGGGGUCAAGUGGAGAGCAUGCUGGCGCGCAUCGAGAGUUAUACCCGUCGCUGGUGCGAAGAGGCUCCCAUGACUAGUACACCGGACAACUCGGAGGCGGAAAAAUGGCAGCCUGAUAGAAGCGAUGGCGGGCGUACUGGUGAAAUUGUACUAUAUGACGAUCCUGGAAUGGCAGUGUAUCAUGUAUUGGAAGGCCUUGUCAGGUGGUUGCUGAACGUUCCUGAGGGUAACAGCGCGCGUCUUGGUAUUGGGCUUCGCUAUUUGAAACGUGUCCUCAGUUAUUCCGUGAUCACACACUCAGGCCAUGCCACUGAUGUUGUAAAUCUUAUCAAUGUGCGCAUCUUUGCGCAGUUCGUUAUGCCACACUUAAUAGAGUUGGUGUGCCGACAUGCCGCAGUUAGUGAGUGCUUGCAGGUCAUCUUUGAGUGCGUAGUGGACCUGUUGGACACGAUGUUCACCUCAACCUACGCGAAUCUGCGCUAUGUAGACACUGUAGCCACAGAUAGCACAAAGGGAAGUAGCUGCAACAUCAUUGAACCCUCACAGGCCCAUAUCCCUAGCAGUGCCACAUAUCUGACCGAUUUUGUUACCUGUUUUGACCUAUUCAAGCUUUGUUUUGUGGGCAUUCAUCCAUCCUGUAUGCUGGUAAAGGUGCAUCUCCUGCAGGCCACAAAGGAGCUUAUGAGCCGCAUCCUGCGCUCCGCGGCUCUUGCUCAUACUCGGCCGCAGUGCAUCAGCAACGAUGAUUGCAGCAAGCACACAUAUCUGGCCCUUGAAUUUUCGGUGGCUAUAGCAACCUGGCGUCGGGUGCUUUAUCCUCUGGUACGCGCACUUUCGGACCGUGAGACAUCGGGCACAGAGGUUGUGAGCCUCGCGGGGCUGGUACUUCGCCAGCUUGUGAGCCUCAAGAAUGAAACCGGCAGCGCUGUCGGCAAGGGUGUGCCGACACCCGUGUCAUCACCACCAUUCGUACACAUCGUCUUCUCAGCCCUUCUGGCGCAUGCCGCAUACAUAGGAUGCAUGUGUGCAGACUUGGACUGCGCGCAGAUAUGCGUAGCCCAGCUCAACACAAUCUGCAGUGACGACCUCAACACCGCCGCGGCGAGCAGCCGUCACCGCUUUCCAGAGCAGCCAGGUGACUCCCUCACAAUCAUGGAAGAUUCGCCCAGAGUGCCGCCCUUCCCACUAAUUGAGGCAGACCCACUGUUGCGGAGUAUCGUUGAGUGCUUUAGCAAAGGACCAGAAUUUAUUGUACUGCACAUCCUGGAGCGAUUGAGCUUGGUUCUGCGGUGCGAGCGUGAGCAGAUCCGCUCUGAGGCGGUUGAGAACCUGCGAACUCUCUCACUGCAGCUGCAGCCGAGCCAAGUGCGUGUUGUAGCCCUCCAGGUGUCUGAAGUGGUCUUAGAAAGCACUCUCGGCUGUGCAACGCCGCAUCACACGGUUUCCCUGACGGAUCCCCGUCUGGUGAGCUUCUGUAUCUUUAUGAUGGAGGUUCCACCCACGAUGAGGCAGUGCUCGCGCACUGCCUUCAGGGUCACGCUACCGAGUGUGCUCGGCUUCCUGACCAAGGAGCUACUCGCUAUUCUGCCCGUCACACACUUGGGUGAGGUCGCCCAGGGGAUCAUGGAGCAGUGUCUUGUCCCGAUAGUAGUGUCACCUCGUGUGAAUUCCCCUCUCACACGCGCGGCGGCGGCACGUUCGUUGACUCAGUGCGCCUUGUUCUGUCUCACUCGGCACCAGCAACAGCAAGCGACAGCGGGGGAAGAAAAGGCAACCACAGGGCCCUCCAGAUACCCCUUUACGAGUGUGUUGAACUGCAUCUGUCUGGUGCUCCUCUGCACGCGGAUGAGCAUCGAGGGGGUAGUGCCUGCCGAUGCCGAGUACGUCAGUAAGACAUGGCCUAGUAUCAGCGGUGAUCCUUUCGCGGGAAAGGAAUCCAACGAAUUUGUAGACUACAUGCAAAGGGCACAACAGGCUCUGCGGGUCCUGUCAACGGCUGAUCCGCUCGACAUUAUCAGUAGACCGCGUGGUGCCUCAAUGUGCAUUAUCACAAACGACAAUGUGGAGAAGCAGCAGCAGGUCAUGCAUCCCCAAGCGUGCAAUGUCCAGGCACUGGGCAAUGGCACACGAAAGUCCCUCGGCAUGAGUACUACGACUAUGAUAAUCGUAGAUAGGGAAAAUGAUAGGGCUAAGGCAAAAGAAAACAGUGUGAGUGUCAGUCUACCCUUGCACCAACUGACACCGGAGGUUGAGUUGGUGACGGACCGGCAGCUCGUUGAGUAUUGUAACUUUCUCGUGCAAGUGCUUUCUGGUCUUCCUAAAAUGCUUUCCGAUGCAUUAGCGCGGCCACCGCCGGCCACCCCCAGCGGUAACUCAACGCAACAAGAAAGUGAAGCUGAAUGCGAUGAGCAGCAACAGAGGGCCGGUUGGGCACCACCCGCAGCUCCGGCCACGGUGUUUAUAGAACUCCUCUUGGAGUCCGCAAGGAUUCUAUUUGCUUCACUUUGGCGUGUUCGGCAUGCUCAGGAGAUGCAGCCCUUUUACGCACAAUGCACGCCCAAAGGUCGCGAGAUCCCGCCUGAAGCUCUCAAGACAAGUAUGGCCUUGCUGCCGCACACACCCCUCCGCGGCGUCCUUAAUAGCUAUGUAGAGCUUGCUAUCCUUACAGAAAGCUAUCCUCUGACGGAGCUUCUUCGGAUUACAGUUGAUAUGCUUCGUAGUAUCCCGAACAUUCAGGCUGGUAGCACCAUCAUGCAACCUCCACAUUGCAACAGUCAUGUGGACUCAUCCGCCGCGGCUGAAUGGGCUCUUUUGCAGCGCAUGAGCCCACAGGAGCAGCAACACGUGCGUGCCUGCAGUGUCGGUAUGUACCAAGAGCUCGCGAUGGUUGUUUCGAAUUGGAUCAAAAACUUUAUUCAACCACCCGCACAGCUGAGUGUGCAACGGCGGGAAGCCCUACGAGAGAUGUGUCUCGACACGAGUCUCAUCCUAUCCCUUGUCGAGCUGCUCUCACCCACCUUCGAGCCUCUCAUUUUGACAGUAAAGGGAUUCCUAGUUUGGUACAUCGCACAGGGGCAACUGACAGUCCCAGUCCACUCGGGAGCGCUGCCCAGUAAAGUGACGUCGUCGCCGGUGCUGCCGUCCGAUCAGGCCCACGUGGAACACGUAGUCGAGACUACGAAAGGGACGGAGAAACAACAGAGCCGGUCAGAGCAACAGUGUAGCUGUUCUUGUGAUUACGGCGAAUCCGUUUGA